UGCGGUCGGCACUCCCUUAAAGCUGAGAACCCUUGACUGGAACAUCAGUACAGCUAUUCUCGACUAUUGCUAUUGAUUAUCAUCAUGAAGACUCUGCUUGUUUUGUGUAUCCUUGCAGUGAUUGCUCAUUCAGCUGUUUCUUUGAAGUGCUAUAAUUGUGSCAGUACCAAAGGCAACUGCGUCAGCGGCGAGAAAGACUGYGGUCCRAUGUGGGACUAUUGCAUGACAGUGUACGGUAGAGACAACGCGGGAACGUCCAAAWCAUGCUCAACKAARGCGGUGUGCGAUUCAACRCGCGCAACGUGCGAGAAAGCAGACAAUUGCGAAGUAAAGUGCUGUGACACUGACCUCUGUAACGCAAGCGUCAACAUGAAGCCUCUGAUGAUCCUGACCAUCCUGAUUCCAAUCUUGGYUUACUUUUUKUAAAAAAAACUGAUGUGUGAUUAUGUAGCUUGUGAUCAUAUUAUCAUAUUGAAAAUUGUUAUGUAUCCAAUAUUCAAGCAAGAUUAAUAAAGGCGUUUGA